AGUGUCAUUAGCGUUUAGAAAGCUUGACCCCCAUUUAAAUGUUACCUUGUAGAAGGAACCAUUUGGAACAAUUUUUUACGUGACACUUCGAAAAGAUUUUUUUCACCCCUUAGAAAAAACUCACCCCCAAAUGAUUCAAAUUGAAAAUUUCUAGUACCCCCUCCUCGCCGCACAUUGGUAAAAGCUUUUGCAACUGCGUCGAGUAGGCUUCAACGUUGCAUGCAGGUGCAUCGCGCCUUAACCAACGGAAAAAAGAAAAACGCAGCGCCACAGCCAUGUCAACACUGAGUAGAACCAAGCCCAUUUCGAUGUCGCGUCGUCCCGCAGUACUCGCGACCAUCGCCGCAGCCGCGCUCGAGACAGGGCUUCUUGUCACAGAGACUCAGGCCUUCAAGAUCCAACGGCAACACGCGCGCCCGCCGCUAACCUCGCGUAACCGGCAGAACCUGCCGAAUACGAAGAUCGACAAGGAAGAGGCGGAUGAGUUCCUGUUGCAAAACUUCAACUCAACGAAACCAGACCUGCCGGUCGUGCGUUCCGCAGAAGACGAUGAACGCACAGACGGUAGCGCAAAUGCGAUCGAUUUACCGACUCACGACAAGUCCCUUUCGAUCCACGAUGGGUACCGAUCUACGACGCAGAACUCCAUGGCCCAGAAACUGCAAGCAAACGCCGGUGCCCUCCAGCACACAGGAGGAAAUGGACAAAUGGUGGUGGCCGACGCUUUUAACCACGCAACCGAACUGGCCCACUUUGUCCCCUUUGCGAGAACCCAGGCAACGCACGAGGUCCUGAACUUCGUCGAGCGGUCGUGGCACAGUUCGUGGAGUAAUGUCAUGACGCAGUUUGCGGACUUCGCGGCGAUCAACUACAUGUACAAAAACCAGGGCAUGGGCUCGGUGAUGCUCGGAUUCCGGAACGACAUUGCGCACUUCAUCAGCCAACCUAUUUUCCAAGCGUUUGCCUGUCAACUCAAGCACGCCGCGAGUCCCUUCGGCUCGGCGAAACAGGACCAGAGCGCGGAGAAUCUGCUGAAGAGCAUGAUCGUUGCGCGCGACAAGUUUUUCGAGAUCGGCAAAUACGGCAUGUACCAAGACGCUUACGGGAACAAAGCGAAACCGGCGGUGAAAGUCGACGAAUUCCUGGGAAAAAUCGUGGACAUUCUGCGUCCGAAGGGCACGCCGCCGCCGUGGGAAGCGAGUCUGGAGGUUGUGAGCCAGAAAUUCGGCACGCUGUUUCUGAACGGAGAUAUCGGUAUCGCUGGUUUGAAAAACGCCGUGAACUCCAAGGGGCCGCAAGCCCACAUGGCGAAGCAAGGGAAAAAAUCCGCCGCCGACGAGGAGGAUGUCGUGCUUGGUAGUAGCUCUUCGUCGUUUCAGCAGCAUCUGGAAACCGCAGUCCAGCACAUGACAAGUUUCAUGGAGGUUCUCUACGACUCCGCUGUCGCGGUGAUGGAGCAUGAGUUGCUGAAACUCCCCGAGCCCACGCCGCCCGACCGCCAGCACCCGUGGGGAUUGAGUUCCCACUCGAAGUUUCUGGCGCCCCGGAAAAAGAAGGAAGUCGUCGUGGACGCGGUGGAAGACCCGAAGAAGGUCGAGGACACAAGUGGUGCUGGUGUUGACAGCGCUGAUGUUAAUACCGAAAGUACUGGCAACGCGACGACCUUUUUGCAGCAGUCCGCGUCCUCCGACCUUCUUGCAGACAUGAAUUUGAAAUCCAAUAAAGCCAUGAUCGAUGCCUUCCACCAGCACCGGACGGUCCCACAGGAACCCGGCACGGAGGGACCGAAAGUGGGCGACACCCUGACCAUGGACGAGUUCAUCGGCAGCCGGGGCUGGACCUCGCUGUACCGCCUCCCCCCGGGUCUGGCGCAGCUCGGCGUCGCCCAUGAAAGCGUGUUCUGCCACUGGAUUCAGGAGAAGUCGGGUUUUGAGGUGAACCCCUGUUCGCUGUCUGGGUCAAAUCUGGCACAAGAACUCAAGAAACAUCAUCCUGGUUCCGGAUCAAAAAAUGCCAAGGCAGGGGUAGAUGACGACCUGAAGUCCGCUUGGCAUUUGAACCCCUUUGGGCAGACGAAGGAAUUUUUGUCGUUAUUGAACACGUUCUUGCAGCACGCACACUCGGUCUGGCACCUGAUUGCCUCGGAAAAUAAACAGGACUUCAUUCCCCCGGAAACCGUGAAAAAACAAGACUUCGACCGGUUUCAGGAGUUCAUGGAGGUGAUUCUACCGCUAUCCACAGAAAAUUUCCUGUACACGUACAGAUGCGGUCUCUGCAUGGCAAAACUUGGCUCUGAUUCUAAUUUAGCAUGACAAGUUUCACACUCCAAAUUUGCGAAAUUUGUGAUGCAUCUUGUACAUGUACAGGAAAUUUGUAAUGCAUAACCGCUACCUCUGCUCCAUUCCGCCGCGGUGUUGUCGUCCGAAGUGAACGGCGGGGAAAGGAAUGAAUGGAUCCACAUUUUCCACCCGGGCAUGCCGACGGCGAAGAAGUUCAAGAUUUUGGCAAAGCUCAACGAGCAGGCGCACGAAAAGUACGAGGCCGUGGAGGGAUAUCAAAUGCAAAAAUGUCUGGGUCUGGAAAGGUGGAACUUGUGAUGCUGGUUUUGGAUUCCAAAAAAAUCUGUGUAUGUGUUGCCUGAGCAGCAAGAUAGUCUAGUUUUUGUUACGCGGACAGGGUAUUUCUCAUGCGAGGUAGGCAUCAAGAAGCACUCAGAAAAUCUAUGAUGCUAGGGAAUACAUCACAGACGUCACGGGUCAUGCAAAAUUUAAAUUGCAACCUUCCAGACCCAGACACAUUUGCAAUGCAUAACGGGGGUCCCUGGUCCAUUCCCAAAUCGCAGACCCACGCCUGGAUGCUACCGUGUCGCGACAUGCGGCUCAGCGUCACGAACUUGCUGCCUGCAGGUGGUUCCGUUGGUGGUCGUUCUGGGACCACGAGUAGUUCCUCGUCCUUUGUGCAGCAGGGGAUCAAGAAGAAGAAAGCCGGCGCAAAUGGUGCAAAAAUUCAUUCCUGCAAGCCAGAUUACGUGCAGCACGCCCGGCGAAACAUCGCAAAAGACGUCGGGAAGGUGACCGAGUGCCAGUCCGCGUCCGCAAAAGCCAAAAAGCCGCUCUGCAUGCGCUCGUUCUACACCGUCCGCGCGGCUCCUACAAGUGGUACUACGACGGAAACGAGCAAGGCAAACCGGUGCGGCAAAAGGCACAUGAUUCGCACCGUGCAGGACUGUCACAAAGCCCUGAAGUCGCUCGGGUUCCGCUUCAAGGGCAAGGAAAAGGGCCCGCGGAAGCAAGUGCGGCAGGUCAAAAACCGGUUGGACAUGCCCUACGGUUGCACCUACAACGUGCGUGCCAUGCGCGCUACGUUGAAUCACGUAUCCGAGAACGAUCAAUCCGCCGAGAUCCUGGAAUCUCUGCAGGAAGAGACGGAACUGGACAAAACAGGGUCAAACUCUCGCCGGAAGAAGUUCAAGAACUUCAUUUCCUUCUGUAAAAUCCCGCACGAGCAGAUCCCGAACGCGUUCGACGAGGUCUUGGAAAAGACAAGUCUGCGGGAAGCCGGCGGGUCGUUCCUGCAAAAGAUGCAGGUGGAGAACCGGGGGCGGAGUAUGUUGAAUCGGAACACGGAAGAACGGGAUCAACAUCGCCAGGAGGGCGAGUCUGUUGAUGACGGUCCAGGUGGUGAAGGCAGCACACCAAUUGCUCCCGCCCCCGUCGACGCCGCUCACAGGGCUGAAACAGCGAACAAAGAUGCUGGACUGCCGGCACGGGCGGACGAAAGCGCAACGCCAAUGGCUUCAUCGGUCACAGCUUCCAGCACCGCUGCUGCAGGACCUAGCGGUGGUGCUUCUGCAGCGGGCAAUGGCGAAACUGGCUCAACAAGAGCUCCUGGGUCGCCUGCUGAAGACGCCACAGCUUUUUUGGAAGGGAAGAAAAAUGCAACGACCACAUCGGGCAGCGCAGCGGCAGGAGCUCCAACAUCAUCUCCCUCAUCCCCAACUACCGCCGGCUCCUCAACGGGACCAUCUGCAGAGUUACUGCCGUCCAGUGACCAAGACCAAGACUCGCAGCAGACCCGCCAGCGGCUUUUGAAGAAGGCGGAGGAACACGAUGAAAAGCCUUCGCAACUCGAAACGACACAACACAAAACCACGAAGGUACAGCUAGACCCUCUAGUAGACGGGGUUGACAACGUUCCCAUCUUUCCCCUGAAGCAGCAGAGCUGGAAGUGGCUGGAAAAGCAGACUUUGAAAGAGAUGGCCAAGGCGAAUAACGGAAUCGACCUUGGAGCAGCCUUGGGAAAAGGCCUGGCCACCGACAAAAUGAGCGAAAAAUGGCACUCCUCCUGCCCGGCCACCAAAGCGGAGGACGACAGCCAGCAGCGGAACGCCAUCUGCAAGUCCGAGGCCGUCCGCUGUGCCUACUGCGACUGCUGUUUGCUCGGCGACAGCUGCGAGAAAUGUCCCAACGGGUUCGUGCAAAACAUCACGGCGUGUCCGACCACUGGCUCGCGCUGCUUGUCCUCCACGGAUGAUAUGUCGAAGUGGAGCGGCGAAGUGAAGGAAAAACUCAACCGGAAGUUCAACGAAUACAAUGUGUACUAUCGCCAGCAGUACGAAUGGCCAGGAUCAUCACUUUCUUCGUCCGGCGCGAGUACUGGAGCUGCUGCAGCGACAUCAUCUUCUGCCCUAGAGACAAGUACAUGGUCCAUUUUUUCGGACGCAAUUAAGAAUUCGCAAGGGAAGGACAACGAGGGCAAGUGGGGCGAGGACAGGUUGUACGAGAACCUGGGAAAAUGCAGGGAGCAGUGCGACAUGCUGCCCGAGUGCAUCGGCUUCAACUUUAACGCGGGGAUCGACGUGGGGGAGGAGAAUGCCGCGGACGAGGAGGAGGAGGGUGACAGCGCCGAACAACCGGAAGCAGGGUUGGACUCCGCCGCGGCUGCUGCUGCGUCAUCUUCAAGUAGUAGUUCCUCUUCAUUUUUGUCCGAAGAGCAGAAGGAGGCCAUGCGACACAGCUCGUUUCUGUCGGAAGAACAGAAGCAGGCACAACAUCACACAACGACGCAGCGGAAGAUACAGAAGACGCAAAAGAAACAACGGCAAGGGCAGCAGCUUCAAACGCGGAAGCAACGGUUUUUUGGAUUUGUGGCCUCGCUCGCAGUAAGAGCUGGGAGAGCGCUAUGGAGACACCGCAGAAAGAUCGCACACGUCGUCAAAAAAGGAUUCACUGCCGUUCGAAGAGUAUUCUCUUCCGCCGCAAAACAGGUCGUCAAGCACGUGGAUUUUCUCGGAAUUGCGAAAAGAUUGAAGGAACGGCGCGAACGGUUGGCGAGAGAAAUUGCGAGGAAAAAGCGCCUUGCCCAGUACAAUUUGCACGAGGCAAGACUGAAAGCCCGGAACAAGCAAAAAGAAGCCGAGAAUAAACCGCAAUGGAUGGACGCUGGGGAGCUGGACGAGGCGACGGCCGUUAGCUGUGCCAUGAUUCCGCGCAGAGCGGGGGCCAAGCUCGUGCCGGUCCCGGACGAGGACCUAAUUGCGGAAGGCGAAGGAGGAGAAGAAGGAGGUGCUAACGGCGCAGCCGGAGGCUCAUCUCCUGGUGACAACAACUCUGCAGGAGACGCCCAACAAGGCGAAACCCCCCCCGGGCCUCCGGUGUACAGCAUUUCGCUCGCAUUUGAGAAGUUCCAGGACGAGACUGAGCUCGAGGAAAAGGCGGGACUGCUGCUCUCGCAGCAGUUCGGUGCUGGAACAAUUUCUUCUGCCGAUGGGGAAGAAGAUGUUGCUGUCCCGAAUUCGGAAAAGUACCUUGCUUUGCGGGGCGACGGGAGCCUGAUUCAGGAGCACCUCCGGACCCCGGUAGAAGUCUGCCUGCCCGUGGACCGCAAGCUCGCGGUGGUUUGCUGCGACGCGGACGAAGGGAUUGAUGGAAAAAGCAGUUCUUCUUCUUCCCCCGACUUUCUGCUAUGCAUUGCAAAAGCAUCGCUAUCGUACUAGUACUUGCAGCAUCAUAAUUUUUUUUGGACGAAAAUUGAGUACAUCUACAUUGAAUUAUUUGCCAUGCAGAAUCACGUGUUGAAUUUGAAAAAUAAAAAAAGAUCUGUAAGGCCACAAUAAUCGAUUGAAGUGAAGAUGUUGGUACGACAACGAGUGCGAUCCUUUUCUCCAGGAUAUUUGACGAACGCCGACAAAUGCCAAAAAGUCCGGUACACAAAGUCCUUUCACGAGGCGCAGCAAAUCUGCGCGGAAAAUAGCAUGCAGCUGUGCACACACGAACAGGUGAAGAGCGGAGAAGCCAAAUCACAGCUUCAAUCUUCCAAGCACCCGUGCAACCUGGACAAGUUUCGCGUGUGGACCUCCACACCUUGCACGCUCCCCGAGCGGAAGGUCUGGACGGUGGCCGGCAAUCCCCUGGUCAAGGAUUACCGGAACGAGGUGAAAAACGAACCUCGGGCGCUAAGCGACAAGCUGCCGUUCCGGUGCUGCGAUCGGGAGCACAAGAGGUUUGAGCAGGGGAACCACCACAGACCGGAGAACAAACAGGGCGACAUGAUGAAAUACGGAAAUAAAUCUACCCCUGAUGAAAACAAGUGUGACUUGUUCACCACAGAGACGACGUUCGCGAAGGCCGCAGCGAUCUGCGACCACUUUGAAAAGCGACUGUGCACGAAACAGGAGGUGGAGGAGGGCGUGGUUGGGGGCACGGGCUGUGACCUCGACGACGCGCGCAUCUGGACAGCGACCGCCGUGGACCUCCCACAUUCGAAGUACGUGGUUUUGCCGGGAAACCCGGCGUACAUCAACCAAAAGAGCCACUCCAUCUCCAAGCAAAACUUGAGUCCGCAGUGCCACGAACCGGAGGAAUUGGAAGCGUCCGUUCGCUGCUGCCGCAAAACGACGGACCCUAACUGGCCGGCAAAGGUGAACAUGUUUGCCUACGAUGGCCGGGGGGCGACUACCUUUUCCGGCGCCGACAUCUGCACGGAUAUCAAGGGAAAAUCCUUUUCCGAAGCGGAAGAGCGCUGCGAAGGCACUACCACGGAUGACAAAAAUGAGGAUGUGGACAUGGGACUGCAGGUCUGCAGCGCGCUGUCUCUGGCGCAGGGUGAAUCGACCGGCACCGGGUGCGCGUUCGACGUCUAUCAAAUUUGGACGACCACUGCUUGCGACUCCAUACCCGUGGGCCGGACGCCCCGAACGCGCAAGCUGGGGCCGUCGACUUGGCGUUUUCCCCUGCCGCCUCCCUUUAAGAAAUUGUACAACCCAAAUGUAGGCACCCUGAACGCGGUGGCCGGCGCAGCCAAGAACGUAUUUUCUGGUGCUAAAAAAUUUGUGAAAAAGCACGGCUUUGUCGGUACUGCGAAGAAAGUUCUGGGCGGCUUGUUCGGACUCUCCGCUUCCUCGUCCUCCGCUCUGCAGAUCAAGGCGACACAAGAAAAACACGAAAAGCCGAAAGUCGACGACUACGGUUGUCCGCCGGGGACCAAUUCGGUGACUCCGUGGCGAAAGACGGACAGCGACCACGACCGAAGCUGGGGUAUCCCAACGGAAUUCCUGGACUCGGCGAAAAAAGGGGCAAUUGCCAACAGCGGCUGGUGCGGGCUGGAGGGGUGCAGUGCCCGCUACCAGUACGCCACCAUCGAUUUGUGCCACGAGGCCUGUGAGCGGAAUGCGCUGUGCAACAGUUUUCUGUUCGAACCGAUUCCCGCGUGGGUGGAACAGGGGGGAAUCGCGUCCAACCACUACCAAGACCGCGUCUGCACGCUCUUUCCCAUGAAAAUCCCGCCCCGCGGGCUGCUGCGGAAGGGCCUGCACUUGUUGGAAGAUGAUUUGAACAAGCAGGAACACACGCUGUCCGGCAACCUGAUCUGCUCCGUGGAGCCCUAUUCCCGGGUCGGGUGUUUCGUCGAUAAUGGAAAAAGGGUGUACAAGCCCCGGAAGGGUUCCGGGCAUCCGGAAGUCUGCCGCAAGCACUGCCUCGAGCAAAACCCGAACAUGGUCUACUUUGGCGUGCAAUUUGGUGGGGAGUGCUGGUGCGGGGAGGACAAGAUGCCGCACGAAAUCGACCCGAAGGCGUACAAACAGGUUCCGAUCACGCAGUGCAACAAGAAGUGUUCGUGGGUCCACACGAGAGGUAGAUCACCCUUGUCCUAUUACGCUUGCGGCGGCGCGUGGCGGAACACGGUGUACAAAGUCCGCGACGUGUGCCCACUGAUCGGCGGCAUUAUUCCCGGCGUGAACAAAGACGUGUGCGGAGCGAAAAACCUGGGGCAGGUGUGCUCAAGCAAAACGCCGGGGAGGCUCAGUCCGUUACCGGACUGCAACAAACACACCGGGAAGUGCGAGGCGGAGAUGAAGGCAGGCGACGCCCCUCACAAACUGGACUACACGCACACGGAACGGUACAGCAGCACGAUGACCGAUGUGUGCGGUGCCUGGUACAAGAUGUAUUUUGACCGGAAAAAGUCCCUCUUGCCGGUUGCGUUGCAGCACAGCGGGCAUGGGUCAUCUUCUAAACUGCAGCUCCCCGAGGUGUUCACGGCGCUCGCCCCCUUCCGCGAGCACAGUUUCGAAAACGUCCAAUGGGACGCGCUGGAAACUGAUGUCGUGACGCAUUUGGGCGGUGAGAACAAAAAGGAAGACACGAAAAUCAUGAUCGACCGGCCGGAACUCUGCGCGAAUUUGUGUGCGAAGAAGCAAACCUGCCCGGGUUUUGUCUGGGCCAGGCCGAACCACUGCGGGUUAGCAAAACCCGAUGCGCAGCUGGAAACGAAACUGCCCUACGAGAUCCCGGGUAUGGAACUGGUAACCACCACGACUUCCUCUUCAACGCCCCGCCCCACUGGUUCUUUUGCCGUUCUCGAAACUGCUAAGUGCAAAAACAACCUGGGCUGCGUGCUCCAGGGUUUGACCGACGGCGACGACUCCGCCUGCUGCCCCGGUGACGAAACCGACAAGGAGUGCUGUUUCGCCGACUCCGUUUUCGUGUACGAAAAGCGCGUUCGGGACUCCCGGGAUUGUCGAGUGGAGGACAAGGACCGGAUUCCCAGCCCGCUGUCCGUGUUUUUCCACGACCCCGCGAGCUGCAACCUGGCCGGGUUCUGCUACUCCCCGCGGGCGCACUUGGAAAUCACGCAGUGGUGCUACUACCCGAAAAGCAAGUACUACAGCCCCUACGGAGGCGAAGAAACGACCACGACAACUACCCUUGCGCCGACCUUGAAAAAUGACUUCCGCCGGGCGAGCUACCCGAUGCUGGCGCUGAGUGUGAUCGCGGACAUGCUCAUGUUUCCGAAAGAGGACACUAUUUUCUUGGGAGAUGAUGUUGAUCAAGACGCGAAGAAGAUGGUCUCAGGUGGAGCAGCGCUAAAGCCUACAGCUGUAUCCCAGCAAGACGAAGCGAAGCGGUACCAGGAGGCGGGACUCUUGCUCACUCUGAUGAUGUACGGCCGCGGUGCGUUGAACGUGCCCUCCUUUCUCUGGCAGCCGACCGCGGUGGCCCGAUCUGCGUGGAUGGCGCGGUUCGUUACUUUUCCAAACGAUUUGGCGUACUGGAACUUCUACCGGUUCGCGUCUGGCGUCACGUUCUUACCCCUGAAAAAACGUCGGGACAACUACUCGGUGCUGGAAACCUGCAAUUUGAAAAUCGACGAGGUACUGGCUUUACCUCCUGUGGAAAAAGAACAAAAGGAAGACAAAAACAAUUUCGGCAACACCGGCGCUCUCUUUGGGGAGGGAAACAAACCAGAAACCACGACUCCCACAACGCCGCAACAAGACCUCUCAGAUUUUUCCUUGCUAGAAGACGACUUUAUCGCGGAGCAGUUUGCGAUUCCCAUGGUGGCGCUGUUCACCAUCGAACCCCUUGCGGUCGGGCGGGUGCGGUCCUUCGCGAAGCUGGAGAAAGAACUAUGAGAGCCUCAGAAUGGAAAUCCUCAAAGUGGAAAUAAUUUGUGAUGCAUGAAAUGCAAGGCAAAAAAGACUGUAUUGCAGAGGACACAAUGGAGGCCGACUGUUGUCCUGCUAGGGGUGAAGAAUUGGGCUGCUGAUUAGCACGACAGAAGGGCACCCCUUUGCCUAACUAGCAUGACAGACACGUUUUGCGUGUGCGGGAAAUUUGUCAUGCGCCGACUACAAAUGGCGCUUCAACUGGAGUCGUUUUUUUGCAUUACAAAUUAUUUCCACUACUUUGAGGAUUUCCAACCUGAGGCUUUCAUAAGAACUUGACUUGCCCGAGGGCACGGUGCAGGAAAAGUGCGGAGUUGCUCCCGUGACCGACAUAUGAACUGCAAAAGUAUCGUAUUCGUAUAAAUGCGUUACAAAUUUCCUCAGCGUGAGGGAUGAAAUUUGUAAUGCAGAUUUACCUUAACAAAAGGAUUUGUAAUGCAUGAUUGCAAUACGAGUGCGACACUUUUGCACAGGAUACGACAAGGAUCAUCUCCGUGCGACAACGACUCCUCAAUCGGAAGGGGGAGGAGGAGAAGGAACGUCGCCCGCGCCGCCCUUGCAAAUGUCCAUCUCUGCUUCUGCUUUUCCGGGUUCCCAAAGCAUCGCGGACCUGUGCGAUCAGGCUCUCGUCGAUGACCAGCACGCAUAUGAAGCGGCAGAGGCGGCGGAGCUUGAGGAGGAAAAGAAAAAGCUGGAAGAAGCGGAACAAGCGGCGGCGGCGGAGGAGCAAACUACACAACCACCUCCAGCCGCGGAACAAACAACCGCUAUUACUGAAGCUCCCGCUGCUGACGCGUCUGCAACGGCCGCGAGUACUGCGUCCUCUUUCAUGGAAGAGAAGAAGAAAAAAAGCGACUCCGCCACCACUUCCCUCUCCGACCAGGAACUGGCGGCGGUCACGGAAGGGUCCGCUCCCACCACCGAUCCGAACGCUGUGGCCGCGAGAAAACUGGCAGGGAGUAAGAUUAAAUACGGCAAGGAUGACGAGAGCACGUCGUGGUGCUGUGGCGGGGACGAAGAGGACGCGAAAACAACGAAUUCGACCAUGACAGACAGGCAGGCCAGAUCCAGAAAGGAAAGCAAGCGCCGGCGCAGGAACCGCAACAAUCGGCGGCCCAAGUGCAGCACGAUGCACGUGAGAAUCCGUGAGGACGACCACGAUCCGGCAGACGAAGACUCGGAAGAGACCAUCGUUGAGGAGCCAGUCCAGGCACGGUACCGUGGCAGCAUCGGCCUCGACAGCUCCUCCUCGUCUUCCGCGGGGUUUCAGGGCUGUUUAUCAAAAGGAAAAAUCCCCCCACCCCAUAUCGAAAUGGAAAUCUCAAUCUGUGAUGCGGGAUUUGUGUACACAAAUCGGCUUUGUCUUGCAGUGGAGGACUGCAGACAGAUACAAAGCGGGACUAGGGAUGUUUUGGUGUAGGCACCUAGCAAGGUAGGGACGUUCUCUGUAGGCCAGACAGCAUUACAAAUUGCCUGCAGAACGCGGCGGGGUUCUUUUAUUUGUCUUCUUGCAAUACAGAGACGAUUUGUGACCUCAAAUCAGCAUCACAAAUUUUGAGAAGUAUCCAGUUCUGGUAUGGGGAGGGGGGAUUUUUCCUCACAAAAUUGUUGCGCGGGAGACCAGGGGGAGUCGAAAAACCACCGGAAGGCGGCGGAGGAGGAAAAGGCGGCUGCGGAGGGUAGUACAGCUGGUGGAACAAGCACCGGGGCUGCUACUUCUCCCACGCAAGGAGUCCCUGCUUCAGCCUCCUCGUCGUCUUUUUCGGAGCGGAAGGUCGAGGGUGAGAAUGAAGCCGACGGACCGCGACUGCCUAUUCUGGAUGACGAGCCGCAGGCUAGUGCCCCGAACUCUGCGUCUUCUACUCCUUUACCUGUAACUACAUCUUCUCCGGCUGUAAGCGCGAGCACAACGGCUGGCCCUCCCCUCUCGGAGGUGCCUAUGGCAUCUACCACGGGAACCGGAGGGACGACGGUAGCUUCGUUCGUCGAGAAAGAAGAUGGGAAGGAACAGCACAGCAACUCUGGAGAGACGGGUGAAGCUAACGGAAACUCGGACUCUCAGAAACCCGCCCCCGCGGAAAACACUGUCGAAGGACGAGCCAAUGGCAAUGCCAGCAGCAGUUCGGACGCUAAGCUGACGAAGGAGGACUCUUCACCUGCUCCUGCAGAAACCUCCACGUCGCCGCCCGUGGUGAGCGAAGGCUCGGCAACGGCAACGACAUCGGCUGCUUCGUUCGUGGAGAAGAAGGACGAGGAUAAGAACAAAAUUGAUGAAAGUCCAGCAACUUCUGAAACUCCCAAUGGCGAAAAGACAACUGCAAGAAUGUCUACGACUUCUGCCGCGCCUCCAGUCAUGACGCCCAGUGCUACACCUACAUCGACUGUCGCUCCAACGUCCACUCCACCGUCAUUCCUCGAAGACGCAGAAAAAGGACCUGCUCCCGGUGCAGCCUCGGCGAACGAAAAAAGCCAACAGGAUUCUAGUUCUGCGACAACCAGCUCUCCGCCUCAGACGACACCGGCACCGUCGACAGACUCUGAAAAAGCCAAGAACACUUCCACAACUGAUACAGCCACGACUACAUCUGUGGCUGCAGGGAUGUCCGCUACAGGGCCGGGUGCUUCUAAGGACGAUGAUGCUUCCUUCGUUCAGAAGAAAUCUGAAGAUGAGCUAGCAGCUGCAUCUGAAGCGGAGAGCAAGUCCGUGAAAGAAGAGCUCGAGGAAGAGGAAGAAGAAGAGGACCAAGACGAUUUUGACACCUCCGUUUGCGACAAAGCCCUUUACGACAACUUAGUCAAGGGUGACGCUGGGGACAAGGAGGUGCUGGCACUCCCGCCUGACAAGCCCUUUGACACCUGCAUGAACCUCCUGGGCCGGGCGGACGGCAACACCUGCACGGUGGUUUUCAACUUCAUGGUAGAAGCGUGCGGUGGGGAAGAAUUGCUGAAGGAAAAUUUCAACUGCAUCGUCAUUGUGGACGGGAGUGACUUAGACUGGAAGUAUUUCGCCGGAAUCGCAGAAACCAUCAAGGAAGUCGAAAAGGAUCAAGAGGGGGGCGACGUCGAGAAUGGGGACGGGGACGAGACGGAGCAAGGUGCCGCGUCGAUGCUGGAAAAAGAAAAGAAGAAGGUGGAGCAACAUCAACAAAAACAGCAAGAAAUGAAGAAGCUCUCGCUCUCCACCAGCCAUGUCACCCGGGACCAGCGGCAGCACCAAACGGAACAGGCGUACGCGAAACUGAUCUACGCCUUAUCAAAUGUAAAAAUGUCUGGGUCUGAAAGAUUGCCAGGCUUGUCAUGCACAUUUUGCAUGACUCCUGAUGUCUGUGAUGCAUGCCCUAGCAUCACAGAUUUUGUGAGGGCUUCCUGAUCAAUAUACCGCAUGACAAAUGCUCUGUCCGUGUAGCAAACCUUGUUGGGCUCUCUUUGCUGCUCAUGCAAUACAGAUUUUUUUAGAAUCCAAAAUCAGCAUGACAAGUUGCAUUCUUCCAGACCCAGACACUUUCACUUUUGAUACGCCUAUUUGCAGUGCAACGAGGUUUCCGCUGGGCAGGGCUUGAGAUUGCCGUUGUUUGCGAAUCAGGUGGAUGAUUGGAAAGAACACACGAACGGGUAAGGGUUUGUGGUUCGUGUUCGUCUUAUUUCGACAAUGAAGAUGUUGCAGUUGCAAUAUGAAUAAAAUGAGUAGUGCGCAGCUAGCUGUAGUAGCAAACAUCGCUUUCUUGAUGCAGAUUGAUUCUAAAGAAAAACUUCUGUUGCUCGUUGUCCAUGUGUUGCAUGAAUAACCGCCUCACGCCCAUCAUGACAAAAGCAUCCAAAUCACCUCCUUACAUACUCCCACAGCUGGCCUUCCGACGAAACCGUGAAAGCAGGCGGGCUUCUUGCGAACAAGUUUGAUUUGAACAACUAUGGUGCCGUGCGGCGACAGCUGUUUGCGAUUCAAAAAGUCGUUGCCAACCUGCCGCCGAAUGCACGGAACGAACUCAUCAAACGGGUCGUGAACCAGGACUCGGAGGACAACAAUGACUGGCGACCGGUGUACAAAAUGUUGCAGGAGCAGGCGGAUGACCUUGUCGCCGUGCAGGGUAAAAACGGUGGUGCAUCUUCUGGACCGUUGUCAACCAUCAGCUACAACAGCCGCCUGUUGUCAGAAGACACGAUGAUUUUGCAGAGCCUCUUCCCCAACGCGAUCAGUCUGUUUCUCUGGUGGGGUACGGACGAGCUGGCGAUGACAGGAGCGUCUUCGCCCGAUGUUGGUACUAACCAAGCGGAAAAUGACGAUGGAUCCCUUCUCGGCGGGCUCGGCCCCAAAGAUGUUGUGGACACCAGUGCCGGUAAGAACGAAGAUGAGAAGAAAAACGCGGGUUUGAGCAAUAAAGAGAUUGUCGGUUUGCGCAAAACCUACGAAGCGGCUUUAUCCUUCAGUAAGAUCAAGGCGGUCGCGAGCCGCGACGCGGUCAUCCGGCCGGGCGACUACGUUACCAUUUGCCCGGCGUCGGCCCAAGGCGAGUCGAAGGAAGUUGUGGACCAAAGUGGGAGAGACUUUGCGACCAAGGUGUACUCCGGGGUCUUGCUGCAAUUCAACAGCACAAAGGGGGACAACCGUUCGCUGGGGCAGUGGCUAGUACAUGCGCAACCGAUCAAAGAGCCGGCGGAUUCAGACGUGCAACACAUCUACUCGCCUGAAGAUCUGCUGGACACCGCCUACGAACACAUGAAAGACUGCAUGAGCGUUGACGAGGUUGGCGAGGACUUUUCCGACAUUCUGUUGUCCUCUAUCGCGACCAGCGACGAACUGGUGCAGUUUGAAGAUGAUGAGGAGGAGGAGGAGGGUUCUAGUACUGUGCCGCAGGAGCAGAGUGACGUUCGGCAGAAAAAAUACCAGGAAAAGCGGGCCAAAAUCAACGCGGAAAAGCAAGCGAAGGCCGCGGCCCGGGAGUUAGAAAACAAAAAGCGGCGCGUGGACGACGUUUUUUCGAAAUUGUCCCUGUCCAUACCGUAUCCUGUGCAAAAGUAUCGUACUCGUACUAAUUGCUAUCAUGCGUCACAAAUAUCCCUUUUUAGAUGAAUCAGCAUUACAAAUUCCAUUUUUCCUUUUGAAAAAAUUUGUGAUGCAAUUCAUACUAGUACGAUACUUUUGCAAUGCAUAUCCCGUUCAUGCGGUGCAUUUUGCAGCCAAAAACGUACCGGGAAUCGCACAUGUUCAAAACCGCCGCGGCCUGGCAGGCACAGUACGGGGGCCGAGGAAUUCGGAAUCCGUUUUUGGAGGAGCAGGAUCCGGCCCAAUUGGCUCUCGAGCAAAAGAAAAUGAAAGCCGCGAUGUACCCAGGUCAGGAAGAGGCCGAAAAGGCGGAAGGCGCGGCUAUUUUGAUGGGUGCGCCAACAGCAGAAUCGGCUUCGCAAGAUGAUGAGUCGCAGCUCACCGCAGAAGACGUUGCUGCAGCGCUGCAAGAAGACGACGAAGUUGGAGCUGACGAGGGGAACAUGCUGGCGAAACAAUCGAUUGUCGACGACGCAAAAAUGAUUGAGCAGUUCGACACGGAAACACCUUAUACCGUGAAAGUCGAUCUCGACGUCUACGCGGAAACGGAGACUUUCUGGGUCAACGCGGAAAACCUAGUGUUCCACGGGGAAGUCUCCAGUUGCUUCGCGUCCGUCGAAACCGAAGUUUGGACGACGAAGGAACACGGGUCGGUCGAGGGGAUGGACGGCCACUUCAAACCGGAGAAUGUUGAACAAAUGGCCGCGAACGGUGGCGACUUCGCGGGGGAGCUGGAACUGGCCGGGCAGGAUGCGUUUCGCCUGCCGUCGGGGGGGGCGCGACACGCGCAGCAAACAUACGAAACGCAGGAUGAUGAUGCUCCUCCGGUACGGGGGCGGGGGCGACAGGCCGGCGCCGAAGACGAGAGUGAUGGGGAGGAGUUCGACAUCGGGCGCUAAGAGUAGUGGUGCUGGGCAUAUGUUGACAGUAGCGAUGUUUUUUUGCUCAAGUACUUUAUUUUUUUACUUCAGUAUUCAGUACAUUAUUUUGUUUGACCAUGUAUUAUUUAGAUUUACUUUUACGCACUUUUUAGGCACGAAAAACAUUUUCUUUUUUAUUUUGCCGUCGUGGAGAAAGACGAACUGAACGGACAAAAUAAACAGCGCGAAUGCAAGAAGAAAUCUUUCCAGCUUACUUAUUAAUUUACUCGGUUUCUUUGACAACACUAGUAAAAAAGUCUUUCUUUUCCACUCAGCAUUUUUACGCGAUACGACUAUCAAAAACUUGUCUUGUUUAAUUAUUUUCCAUGAUCUUUCAUCGCUUUAAUGUUUCGGUUUUCUAUUUUCAGAUUUGCACAGCCACAAGAUCUUCAACAACAUCUUCUGUCGGAAGUCACAGGAACAGCUCGUCGCUUAGCGUCUCCAUUUCAAAUACAAAUACUACUUUUGCACUCAGUUUUCCGUUUUUAAUCAGAAUAUAACACAAUUUACUUAUUGCUUGAACUGCACCCGACGUUAUAGCUUUUUUCAAUUUGACAUGAGUAUUCUUUGAUUUGACACAUCACAUCGCUGUAGAUUAACACGUUUAUCUUAACACGUAUCAUGAACAUGAUUUGUAUAGUAUUGUUUCACAUUUUUCCUAAAACAAGAUGGAGGUAGCACAGUAGAAAUGCCUUGCGUGCGAGAAGCACGAACCCUGACAAUUAGAUGACUCCCCUGCUACGCCGUUUCACUUACAUGUUGUAGGAACAAACAACACACACCCCUCAGAAGAACAAACAACAAACACGCAAAAUCUGAA